CAGCCACACGCUCACUAUAUAAGGGCAGCCAGAGUACACGUGCAACCAUUUAUCUCAGGACUCACAAUACAAGACCAUCCUGUUGCCGCCAGGUUGGGAGGACCGACAGUAGUGAAGAAUUGGAGAAGUAAAUCCUCUCGUCUCGCUCCUCGUCCCUCCCGCACCCUUCUUCCCACCGCCAUGGUCAACCACGUCGGGGAGAGCCGGGAGGUGUUGGAGAUGUCCUCGUCCGCGGCUAAAAGCGGAAGGAUCCUUCGCGUCAGUCGCCGCACCGUCAUGAUCCUUGGGGGAGUGUUUGUUUGUGCCGCAGCAGCUGUGGGCGUGCUGGCCUACGUACGCGCCAAUAGCAACAACGCGGCCCCCACGCCUCAAAACAUUCCAAGUAUACACGCCGAGGCCCUGAAAUCCCCUCCCAGUUCGCUGGUUAAUUCCGUGCCCUCGUCAAAGACCACGAAGGAGAGCAGGACGCGGCUUCCAACCUCCCUAAAGCCUACCCAUUACACCGUCAAGCUUCAGCCUUUCGUCGACGGCAACUUCAGCAUCGCCGGCUUUGUAAAGGUGGAUUUCUUGGUGGAGGAGACGACGAACAACGUGACCCUCAAUAUCUUCGACAUCAUCACGCACAAUGAUAGGUGAAGGUAGCAUCUUUAGAUGACCCUCUCACCGGCCUGCCCAUCACGGAACACCUGUAUGAUCACGAGACUCAGACCUACACAGCCAUGAUGAAGGAGAACCUGAUAAGCGGAGUAUCUUACAGCCUCACUAUGGAGUUUGAAGGUUACUUGAACGACAAACUGAAAGGUUUCUACCGAUCCUCCUACAGCGAUGACAAUAAGAAUACGAGGUACCUGGCGGUGUCUCAGUUCGAACCAGCGGACGCCCACCUCGCCUUCCCGUGCUUUGACGAGCCGAGUCUCAAAGCCACUUUUGAUGUCCACCUGGCCCGCGAAGAGAGUAGGUCAUCCAUCUCCAACAUGCCGCUGAAGGAGACCGUGCCCGUUGAGGGCCAGCCGGGUUGGGUCUGGGACGUCUUCGAAACUUCGGUACGCAUGUCCACCUAUCUCGUCGCCUUCGUCGUCUCUGAUUUCUCCUUCGUUCAGUCCGACGCCAAUGACCACGUACACUUUAGGGUGUGGGCGCGGGACCAAGCCAUCGGCCAGGCUGAUUACGCAGUCGCCACAGGUCCCUCUAUCCUGACCAUCUACGAAGAGUACUUUGACGUUCCCUUCCCACUGCCCAAGCAAGACAUGAUCGCCCUGCCUGACUUCUCCGCGGGUGCCAUGGAGAACUGGGGCCUCGUCACCUACCGCGAGAGAUUGCUGCUGCUGGACCCGAAUGACUUCGCAGCCUCAGAUAUGGAUGACGUGGCGAGGGUGAUUGCUCAUGAGUUGGCCCACCAGUGGUUCGGCAACCUGGUGACUCUCAAGUGGUGGAAUGACUUGUGGCUCAACGAGGGCUUUGCCACCUUUGUCUCCUACAUCGGCACCAGCCACCUGGAGCCUGACUGGAAAACAAUGGAGAGAUUUGUGACGGAAGAGAUGCAGGGCGUUAUGGCGUUGGACAGCCUCGAAUCGUCCCAUCCCAUCAGCGUGACGGUGGACAGUGCCAGCCAGGUGAACGAACUCUUUGAUGGCAUCUCUUACGCCAAGGGCGCCUCUAUAAUUAGAAUGAUGAUGUAUUUCCUGAAGGAGGAGAACUUUAAGAAGGGCAUCCACAACUACCUCGUAGAUAAACAAUAUGACAACGCCGAGCAGGACGACUUGUGGCUCUUCCUGACCCAGGCUGUUGAGGGGAUGGACCUCCUACCGCCCGAGACCACCGUCAAGACCAUCAUGGACACGUGGACUUUGCAGAUGGGCUUCCCAGUCAUCAAGGUGGAGAGAGUCGCUGAUGGGACCUCUGCUACUGUGACUCAGAAUCGCUUCCUGCUGGUGAAGAACGUCAACUCAACGGAUGACCACGACUACAGGUGGUGGGUGCCGCUCACCUACACCAGCGAGGACAACCCGGAUUUUCUUGCCACGCACCCCAGCGCCUGGAUGGCCGACACGGACAAGCAGGUGACCGUGACCUCACUGCCGGCCAGCGACAAAUGGGUCAUUUUCAACGUGCAGGAGACUGGCUACUAUAAGGUGAACUAUGACGAUAAUAACUGGCAGCUGCUGACCGCCCAGCUGGAGAAGGACCACACGCCCAUCCAUCUACUGAACAGAGCCCAGCUGAUUGAUGACUCCUUAGAUCUGGCGCGGGCAAGUGAGCUAAAGUACGACACGCCGCUGAGUCUCAUUUCGUACCUGAAACAUGAAGAGGAGUACAUCCCGUGGGAGGCAGCACUGUCCAACCUGGGAUACGUGGAGCAGAUGUUCACGCGCCAGGGAGGUUAUGGGGACCUGCGGACGUACGUGCUGUCCCUCCUGGAGCCUUUAUACACUCUGGUGGGCGGCUUCGAAGAACAUCAGGACGACCCGCAGCUGCUGCAUUACAAGAGGAGCCUGGCGCUCUCCUGGACUUGCAAACUCGGGUACAAGGACUGCGUGGACAACUCAGUCUCUCUCUACCAGGCGUGGAUGGCGAGCAACGGGAACACCUCGGCGGUGUCCCCUAACGUACGUAACACCGUCUACUGCACGGGCAUAGCGGAGGGUGGGGAAGAGGCAUGGAACUUCGCAUGGGAGCAGUACCUAACGACCAACGUGGCCAACCAGAAGGACAUGCUGCUUUCCGCCCUGGGAUGCGCUAAGGAAGUGUGGCUCCUUUCCAGGUAUCUGGACACAGCCUUCACAGAGGGCGCCGGCAUCCGGAGGCAGGACGCCUCUACUGUGUUCAGGGUAGUGGCGAGGAAUGAUAUAGGACGUGACCUGGCCUGGAGCUAUCUGAGAGACCGCUGGGAUUUCUUGUCCAACUACUUCGGAUCCUUCACGACGCUCGGUGACCUGGUACUUGCCGUGUCAAACGAGUUCAACACCAGAGAGGAACUGAACCAGCUGAAGAUGUUUAAAGAGGAGCACGCCAGCGACUUGAACACAGCUGAACGCGCCGUGAACCAAGCCAUUGAGAAAACCGCCAACAACAUAGCGUGGAUGGACAACAACUAUCAGACCAUCGUGAACUGGCUGCACGACCACCUCCACCCAUCGCUCUGAGCUGGGUGAAGGCCGGUGUGCUGGAGGAGUGGUGACGAAGGAGCGAGAUGAAUGGUGGAGCACUUUUUUUUUCUUUUUAGUGGGGGGGAGGGAGGUAGUGGUGGGAUAUAGAAUGCUGAUGCUGGUGGAAGUGAAAGUGACCAGUAAGUGUGUAAGGAGGAGGAGGAGGAGGAGGAGGAGGUGAUUGGUGGUUUUUGUCAGGUAGUGGCAAAUAAACAAUUUUUUUUUUUUUCCACCGGAGCACAGCCACACGUGUUUACUGAUGGGAAAGUCAAUAUUUACUUUUGUCACCCUGGUGUUUACAUGGUGUCUCUGUCGGAACACGUUUUCGUAAUGCUGCACCACCACCAACCUCAUCCCCUGCUGACCCAACCCCCGGUAUGCCUCUGCCCAGGACAUGAGGCAUCACUGUGGGGCUGCCCUUCUUUGUGAACUGAGAGCGCUUCCUCGUUUCAUCUGAUUUUAAAUAUAAUCUUAUUUUCAACA